UUUUUUUUCUCCUUUAAGAUAGAAUCAGCUGCAAGAAGAAUAUAUUUUCCCUUCCUUCUUUUUAGUUUUUUUCUCAUCUCUGUACAUGACAAAAGCCAAAUUACGAGAUUCACCAGAAGCGAAACGCUGGCUUAUUGUCGGAGCCUAUCAAGCUGGGGCAACUGAAAAACAUGUUGCUCGCAUAUCAGGACUUUCGAAAACCGCUGUACGUAACAUCAUUUUAAAUUAUCAGCGUACUGGAACACCUUGUAUGCCAAAAAAGAUACCCAACAAGAUCAAGCAGAAACUGAUUGUUGAAUAUGACGAUAAUGGAGAGAUAAUCGAUUCAGAUGAUGAUAACGAAGAAGAAACAGUGCCACCAAUACAGCAGAAAAACGAGAGAUGUUUAAUGAACAGAAGAACGAUUAUGAAGAAGAAUACGAUUGCAUCCACAAGAAACUUAAUAAAGCGAUCAAAUAACACUAGUAUUGUCACGACAAAGGAUAUAAUAAAUUAUGCAAUGGACCAAAUGCGAAUAACGGAUAAUAAUCAUUUGAAUAUUAGCACACAAAAGCUUGCUGAAAAAAACGGAGAGUCCCCAAGUACACCAGUACCUUCAUGGCAUAGUUUAAGUAGUCCACCUCAACAACAUUAUCAAUCAUCUUCAUCUUCUUGUUCUUCUUUAUCGCCACCAUCAAGUAGUAGUAAAAAACGUUUAGCACCUCUUUCAAAAUUUGAUCAGACGAUACGUGGAUAUGAAUUAUGGACUCAUGAUGAUGACAUGCUUUUAUUGAAUCACGUCCUUCAUCACUUACACGGUGGUGGUUGGAAUGAACUUGAAGUGAGAUUUGAUGGAAGACACUCUGCUCGUCUUUGUUAUGAUAGGUGGAGACAUCUAAAGUCCCUGUUAUUGAAAGGAAUUACUGACAAACCAAACACACCAUGGUAACUCUUUAUUGUUUUAUUUAAUAAAAAUACAAAUAGUCCUUUUUUAUUAUCAUCAUUAU